GGGAGAUUCGUUGGUUUGUCUGUAAAUUAAACUACGCCUUCUGAGUUGUUGGACUUAUUAUGGCGCAGUAAUAUUGGAUGUUAUUACAGUGACUGAGCUGUUAAAGUUGCGGCUACGACUUGCGGGGCACUAACUUGUGGGAUUAUUUUGCAUGCAGCCCGACAGCGGAGGCUGACUGCGGUGGGAUGGGCUGUGAGGUGUUCAAGAUGGCGGCGCCCUGUGGAGUGCAGCUACUCUAACAGAGGUGCCUGGAGACUGUAUUGGUGGGUGGCCCCAGGAGUCCCCCAGGCAGGCAGGGACGGACACCUUAAGAGGAACGCUGCCUCCACCUCCAGCACUGCCGCCACCAUGGCCAGAGAGCAGCCAAACGUGGGGGACCUCCUCCCACUCCUGGAGACCUCCGACCUCCACCAGCUCGAAGAAAUCAGAGGCCUCAUCAACGAGCAGCUCAGCACUGAGCGAGGGUCCAUGCUGUUGAAUGGGCUGGUGGACUACUUUUUGGAAACAAAUUCUGCACAGGCCAUUCAUAUCCUCUCCUCAGUAAGAGAACCACACGAUAAGCACCUUCUGGAUAAGAUGAACGAGUGUAUGACCAAACAGGCCUGCCGGCUGCCCACCCUCACCCUGCUUGGCCAUGUUAUCCGCAAGCAGCCGUCCUGGAUCCACAAGAUCGCCCGAUACCCCCUGCUGCUCUCGCUGCUCAAAUGCCUGAAGAUGGAUACAGACGUAGUGGUGCUGAUUACUGGAGUGCUGGUGCUGAUCACUCUACUACCCAUGAUCCCUCAAGCUGGGAAACAACAUCUAUGGGAGUAUUUUGACAUCUUCGGACGAUUGGCAUCUUGGAACCUGAAGAAUCCUGGGCAUGUUUCAGAGGUUUACUUAAUCCACCUCCACGCCAGUGUCUACUCUCUCUUCCACCGUCUCUAUGGCAUGUACCCCUGCAACUUUGUGUCGUACCUGCGCUCCCAUUACAGCAUGAAGGAGAACAUGGAAACCUUUGAGGAGGUAGUGAAGCCAAUGCUUGAACACGUACGUAUUCACCCAGAGCUGGUGACGGGAACAAAAGACCAUGAGCUCGAUCCCACCAGGUGGAAAAAGUAUGAAAUCCAUGAUAUCGUCAUUGAAUGUGCCAAAGUGUCUCUAGACCCCAAGGAAGCCUCCUGUGAGGAGGGUUAUGCCACCAUGCCUGAGAACUUUUACCCCCAAAUCCACCUACGACCACAAGACUGCACUUCCAGCCCGUACACAGACCUCCACAGCAGCUACGGAAGCUCUUCUUCGACCCCAUUCUCCACUCCAAGGCAGCCACUUCCCCCGCCCCUGUCCUUGCCCCCCUUCUCAGGGACACAAUCCUCCCACCGCAGCCCACAGACCUCCAGACGGCAGAACUCCACCUGUGAACUCAAUUCUUCCUGCGGGGGGAAGGACCCUCUGUGGAGCCCCUCCUCGUUGUGUGGCAUGGCCACGCCCCCUUCCUCCAGGGGCAUGUCGCCCAACUUAGAGAUCUCCCACAGUGCCUCACACCUUCCCAGCCGCUUCCACUGCACAUCAGGAGGGAAAGGAACGCCUGCCUCCAGCACUCCAGCCACCUCCUCCCCACCCCCCACUCUCUCAGACGACUUCCCCAUUAUCUCCUUACCAGCCAACACAGUCCAGUCCAGUCCACCAAGAAAGGAUCGUCGACAUGGAGAAAGCAACAAGCCUGCACUGGUGAGACAGGAGCCUGUGAAAGAUGCAGAGAAGAGUGCUGAGGCAGCUACAAACAGAGAUACAGGAGCUGCAGAGAACAUCUCCAUGACUCUGACAGAGCUGUCGGUCUUUAUGAAGAAGCAGGAGCUGGAGCUUCAGCUGAGAACAGAGAAAGAGAGGGAGGAAGCUGCCAUCACAGAGGAGCUGCUGAAGAUCACUGAGGAUAAGCAGGAGCUGUCGGGCCUGAGGGGGUUUGACUCCCCAUUCUAUCACACCACUGAGACUCUGACCGGCUGUCAGGCUCAAGACAAGAUCCUCUCCAACAACCAGUCUGGAGGUCCUGUCCAAAACGCCCACCAUGUGGAAGCUACACCAGACAAAGCAGAGAGCACUGCGAGUACCAGCGGCGUCGGGAGUGAGCGAGGAGGAGGAGGAGGAACAGGAGGAGACAGCAGGAGCUCAGCCCUCGGUCUUGAACAGUCAUGGUCCUUUCAGUCAGGUUUCACCCCCAUCGAUCACCACCUACACAGGAGCCCUUCAGCCCCAGAAGAUGAGGUGGGGAAGUUUGGGAUGUUCUCCCCCAGCCCUUGCAGCAAGACCCCAGCCCCCGUGCCCUAUGAGUCUUUUUUCGACCUGGCUCUGCCCCGGGCCGCCUCGCUUUUUGUGGGACAGAAGACGUCGGAGGCGGUGCACAAGGCAGCGAUGGAGAGGCUGUCACAGUGGGAGGAGGGGCUGGAGGAUGGGGAGGAGGAAGGAGUGGUGUCUGCUUCGCCACUGGAGGUGCUGGAUCGCCUUGUUCAGCAGGGGAGCGACGCCCAUGAUAAAGUGCUCAAGAGAUUACCUUUGCCAAGUAAGUCAGCUGACUGGACGCACUUUGGAGGCUCCGCUCCACUGGACGAGCUUCACACGCUGCGCAGCCAGCUGCUCCUGCUGCACAACCAGCUGCUGUACGAGCGCUACAAGAGGGAGCAGCACGCCGUCCGCAACCGACGCCUCCUCCGACGCAUCAUCAACGCCACUGCACUGGAGGAGCAGAACAAUGCCAUGAAGGAUCAGCUGAAUCUGCAGAGUGUGGACAUCUUAUCUCUGAGGGAGAGUCUGCAGGUGGAGCAGCAGCGGUACAGGCAGCUGUGGGACGACCGGGAGACGGUGGUGACCAGGCUGCACAGUCAGAUCAGACAGCUGCAGCAGGGGCGAGACGACUACUACACCAAGAACCAGGAGCUCCAGAGUAAGCUGCAGGAGUGUCAGAAAAAGAUGGAUGAAAUGGAGGCGGAGCUUCAGAGGGCCAACAACAAAGUCUGCCACACAGGUCACCUUCUCAACCAGAUGACUAUUAAGCUGAGCAACAGUGAGAGCACCCAGCAGCAGAUGAGCUUCCUGAACAAGCAGCUGCUGCUCCUCGGGGAGGCUCAUAAGCUGUCCAUGCAGGAGUUACACCACGCAGGCGCCGAUAACACAAAGGAAGCCCAGAUGCUGAAAGUUUCUUACGGUAAAGAAGUGGAGACACUUAGACAGAGCCUGCUGGUUCAGGGUCAAAAACUGGAGGCAGCACAGCAGAGAGUGGCCGAACUUGAAACACUCCUUACCAAGAAAGAACACCUCAUUGUGGAGCAGAAGAAGUUCCUUGAGGAUGUAAAAUGCCAAGCAAGGGCGGAGCUGCAGGCCUCAGAGAGCAGGUAUCAGGCGCAGAGAAGAAUCACUCAGCUGCUGCAGACUGAACUCCUGCAGCUUUACAGCAGAGUGGAGAUGGAAGCUCCAGCCAGCACAGUAACCAGUUCACCACCAGGGGGCAGAGCUGACCCACACACUAGUGCUGACUCCAGUGUCAUGGUGCCAGAUGGACCAAGUAAACCUCACACCAAUGAGGAGGUGGACAGUAGACAACCCCACGAUUCCCCUCGGGGCAACGGCAGCACUUUAUCGCCAGGGCAACCAAAGGCGAGCAACUCUUCCAAGACAACAGCUAAUUCCAUCAAUGGCAGCCAGGACUUGGCCCCGCCCCUUCUGGUGGAGCCCUCCCCAUCCUGUCCCCACAACAACUCGCUAACACCCCAGCACCCCUCUGACGCGCCGCUUACCGUCGGCUCCUAUCCCAGCGCCAAGAGCUUCCUGGGCAUGAGGGCGCGGGAGCUGUUCCGCAACAAAAGCGAGAGCCAGUGUGAUGAAGAGCAACCACCGCCGCGCCUGGCCGGCCUAGCACACGGCCUGAAAACUGAGCUCUGCGUGGAGCCGCCCUGCUCGGGCUAUAUCCCCCCUGUCAGUCCUGCACCUUCCCCCGUCCCGCCUCCGCCCCCUCUUCAAGCUCCUGCUCCCACCCCUACCCCAGCAACCCCUCUCACUGUGCCCACCAAGGAGCCCCACUCUGAGCCUAAGCAGCGGGCCUCCAGCCAGGAGAGCCCUAGAAGGAAGGCAGGGGCAGGGCCAGGUGCAGGGCGGGGUCACACGGGGUCAGGUCGUCCCCGGCAACAGCAGCUAAAGAUCAUGGACUAUAAUGAAACACAUCACGAGCACAGUUAAAGACACAGAACUGGGCUGGGUGCAGGGCUGAGACUGAGAGACUGAAGUUUAAUGACGAGAAGAGCUACAAAUCAGAGAAAGAGUAACAUGUCAGCAACUCUUUGGAUUCAGUGUUAUAUGUUCCAUUCCUCUGAGUGGACAACAGGAUUUCCCCCUAGUGUUGUUCAUUAUUUUUCCUCUUUUUUUCCAAUACUGAUUCAUUCCCCUGAAGAAUUUCAACAAGGUUACAGGGAAACAAUUUGGAUGAGUUGUUACCAGUGAAUAUGCUAUGACUUAUGAAUCUGAUUAUAAGACGAUGAUGCUCAAAGAUAAGCUUACAGGAAGUGACUGAAGGUAUCAAAUACUUACCUGUGAUACUGUGAUGUUUAAAGGUUCAGUUCCCGUUAAAAUGAAUAAUUUCCUUCUUGUUUUAUUUAGCUGUAAGUUGUCCAGAUUGUGAGAAGUGUCACUGAUAUUUUGUUUGACGGCUGCACAAAAAAAGAGUAACUGGGGCUCCCACCUCUCAGCUGAAGAAAUAAUCAAUAAUCCGAUAAACGCUUUCAGCCAUACAAAUUUUGUCGACUAAAACUAUGGCUAAAAAUGUCUUCUUUUUUCCAUGAGACAGCCUAGACUAGGUCGAGCUAAAAACAGAUCUGUGAUGACUAAAACUCUAAUUUUGUUUUUGUGAGGAAAUCAAAAAUCCAUGAUAUUUCUAUAGUGGGGUUUAAUUGUCAAAACUGCCUGCUGCUCUCUGCCUCUCAGCUGUAGAAAGCAGGGGUCUCUGGUUUUGCAGCAUGCAUAAACAAGACUAGUGAUAUUGUGGCACCAGAUUCAAGCAAGAGAAUAAAUGUCUAGACCAAUAAUACAGACUAAAAUGUGAGGACUUUUAAUGACGAAAGGUGGACUACAUUUUUUUUCCUUUUCUUUUUUGACUAAAACCAUAAAAAGUAGAAAUGACUAAAAUUUAACUAAAACUCAAAGGCAUUUAAUCUAUAGAAUAAAUCCCAAAACAUCUUGUUGCGCCUUAAUUGCUAUCUCCAACACAGCGACAGCAGUACGUCAACAGUCUAACUCCCCACCAGCCACUACUGGGCCAGGUGCUUGAUACCAGAGCCUUGAGCCCACUUGGGAAUCACCUCCCAGCCUCACUGGGUGAGUGAAAAUACAACUGGAACUGCAGUGUUUCAGCAGCUGAGGCCUCCUGUUUAUUCUACAUCUCAAACAAAAAAAAUGGCACUACAUUUCUUUUUCUGUGCCCUAAAGCACUUCAACCAGAGCUGCUACUACAGCAGCCAAGAUGGACAAAACAGCUGUUCUCUUGGGGAAACACUUGGGUCCUAAAUAAAGCAGUGGCCUUGGUGUGUCCACAGACGUCUGGCUACCGCUGGUGUGGCUUUGUUCAUGUAAAAUAAGAGGGGUGAUUGUUUUGACUUAUUCCAGACGGCACUGAUGUGUUGUGGAUUUAAGGCUAAAUUUAAAAAUAUUUGUCAAAAUUAACACUGCUUUCUAGAGUGAUGGAGAUUAUUAUAAGACUAAAACCCCAUUUACUCUUUGCAUCAACAUCAGUGCUGGGUAAAAGACCACCAAGUUGCAAUACUUAAAGUUAGGUGUAAAUGUGUACUUGAUAUUGAGUUGAUAUUCAGUAGCUGAGGCUGCACACAGCUUUCAUCCAGACUGGCUUGGAAGGAUAGACGUUCACACUUACUUCCAUGCAUUAAAGACCACUCUGUCAAUUGAUGUAAUCUGCAGUAGUAGGCUAGUAAGCAAAAGCAUGACUUUCUUGCAUCUGUCCAACCUUGUUGGUCACUCUUUACUUUGAAGUGAGUUGUCUUUUCCAUAUAACAGUGCCCCCCAAGGUUCAUUUGCUCUGUUUCCUUUACAAGUAUGUUCAUGAAGAAAUAGAGGAGAAAAGCUGUUAAAAAGAUACCACUAGCCUCAGAGCUUGUGGAUAAUUCCCUCCUUUUUAUUGCCAGUGGAAGACGCUGGUAGUCAAUCAUGUUACAGCUUUUCUCCCUUGUUUUGUCAUCAACAUGCAUCUAAGGAAACUGUGAUUUACUAUUUAGCAAGUAAACCUUGUAGGUGUGCUUGUCAGGUUAAAAUGUUGACUCAAUUUAAGACAAAAAGUGAACAGUGAGGCUGGGCAGAUGUAAGUUGGUCACAAUUUUGCUUACUGGCGACCAAACGGCCAGCACCAGUAUAAAAUGGAAUGGAAAUGAUGUCUGGGCUUUUAUUUGCGUAAGAGGCAAGCUAGUAAGUUCAUGUUAAUUUAGUGUGAACACGUGUGCUAAAAGGCAGUUGUCUUGGUGUUGUUCAGCACAGAUGUUAAUGCUAAAUGUAAAUUGGGCUCAAACUUGCUGUUUAAAUGUUUAAAAGUCUCUGAAAAUGUAAGAUCCCUGAUUAAGGUUUCUAUUUGAGUGGCUGUGUUGGCAGGAAUCUCAGAAAGAAAUAUCUCAAAACCUGGACACCUUAGACCUAAACUCUGAGUGAUACACCUGGAGCUGAAAAAAAGAAGGUUGUUUUUAUUAUUUGAGUGAACUGGCCCUUUAAAUGUAAAAACUACCACUUUCAGUUGCACCAGAUAUUACCUAAAAAGCAAGACACGUUACAUAUAUCUAAAUUACUGUAAGGCAUGCUAAAGCAUUGAAAGUGGACUGAAGUAUGUUUGAGUUAUCAGAGUACAUGUGGAGCAAGUGUUACAUCAAUGGAGGUGAUUGGUACGUGGAGACGUUUGGUUUCUUCUGGAAGUUGAACUUACCAUUACUGGACUUCACUAACAUUUCCAUAAAGAAACUCCAUUGACUUUUUUGUCCAGGAGGAGAAUGUGUUGUGUGAAUGUGUGAAUGGAUUCUUGCAUUUAGGCAAAGACUAAAUUAUGGGAGUUUUUCAAAUUUGGAAAUGAUGAAAUAUUAUGCAUUUUUUAAUAAUUCAACAUAUCCGUCUUACCUUUUUACUUUUUAUUUAUUUGGCCAUGAAGGGCACUCAAAAGUACAAAUUUAAAUCGGACAGUGCAAGUGAGGACCAGCUGAUCUUUUUGAAGUGAAAAUUUAUGUUUCUGACUCCAAAAAGAAAUAAAAAAACAAAAACAUCUUAUCCAACCUGGCUCCCAUUCUGCAGGUCCAAUAAACUUGGAGUUACUUCAUUUCUCUUUAGUAUUAGAAGUUUCCUCCGGUUCUGGAAGAGUUUUAAAUCCUGUUGUCCACUGGGAACUCCUGCUGUCACUUUCUUUUGCCUCGCUAUCUAAAGCAUGUUCAACAAUCCACUUAAAUGCCAACCGUAGUAACUACAGCAAACCAAGACAGAAGGUACAAUCAGCACAAAGUGAAGAAACCAGGACUCUGACCGGAGCGGGAGAAUCUGGGACAAUACGGCAAAAAAGGAAGUUCUUAAAGCAGUGGCUUGUGUUUAACUGUGAACAAUAAAGAUCGUCUUCAAUGUUUUGCACUACAA